CAUACUCUUGAUAAAGUCCAGGCGAUUGGACUAUAGUAAAGACUGAAUAAGUGGAAGAAAAUCGGAACCCAAACAAUGCAGUUCUGUGUUUACAUUUGGCUCGAGUCGAGCGUCGAACAUGGAAAAGGACAAAGGGUGAAAGAGAAUGAGGUCCGAGGAAAAAAGUAGUCGACAGAAGCGUAUCAAUCUGUUAGAAUCAUAUUACAUUGCUCGUCGAGCGUCAAUGAGCACCCCCUUCAGUGGUGGAGAUAAUCAUCUUGCAUUUAUCCAGUAAACCCUGUCUCGCACUCGUCCAGUCUUUACCAUAUAUCUCAGUCUAUACCAUAAAGCUCUAUAUCCAUACCUAACCAACGAAUGUCACCCGACAGUGUAUAAAGGACUACGAAAUGACGACGAGGACCAACGUCGACAACCAUCGUCCCAGGGAUCUUAUCCAUUUCGUCGAACGACACGUUUAUCGAUGAGUUUUGUCGAGAAUCGUCCGAAUCGAUCGGUUCUCUGUACAGUUCCUGUAUAAUUAGUUCUGCGACCCGCAAUAAAGAGAACAGCUUUCGAUCUUACCGCCUGUCACGAAUCACGAGAAACGUCUGGACAAACCCCUGCUCGAGCUGUCCGCGAUUCCUCGUCAGUGCCCGGGCAAAUAUUAUCGUUUCGCGGUCCGACGACCCGAGUGACACUUGCACGCGUCAAACCCCAACCCCCGACACGUCCGUCUCACGACCUCGCUUCAGUCGGUGGUCGUCGAUAAACCAAAGCACCGUUGCCUUCACCUGGACACCUUAGUCUCAGUCUCUAUCGUCCCAUGGACGAGGCAACAGUCGCGGGAUUCCCGACUCUUCGGCUUCGAUUUCGCUGACCUGGAAGAAUUCUGUAAGAAUUCGAUCUCCCGCAGGAGAACUACUUCAGCUUCGAGAUGGGAAGAACGCUGCCCACGCCAGUGGCCUGCAAAGUGUGCGGCGAUCGUUCCUACGGGAAGCAUUACGGGAUUUAUUGCUGCGACGGUUGCUCGUGCUUCUUCAAGCGUUCCGUGCGUCGCGGCGCUCUCUUCACUUGCAUAGCCAGCACGGGGACAUGCGUCGUCGAUAAAGCGCGGCGCAAUUGGUGUCCACAUUGUCGACUAAAGAAGUGCUUCGCCGUUGGCAUGAACACAGCAGCGGUGCAAGAAGAGCGAGGGCCACGCGUUCGAAACAGGAUCGCAGCGGUCGUCGACGGAGAUUCGAACGUCUCGUGGAACGUCAACGAUCUUCCGGAGAGGUUCUCGUCCCAGUCGAUGCCGACACUCCGACCAGAAGGGCUGCCGAUCUACCAUGGUACUGGUACAUUCUUAUUCUCUACGAUGCCCCCUGCAGGAGCUCCGAGGAUCAUCGCCGCGGGAUCAACGAUGCGAUACGAGAUCGCUGCCCAAAUAUUUCUCGCGACGGUCCGAGCAGCUAGACAGCAUCGAGAGUUCUCGAUGCUCGGGAUCGAGGAACAGAAUCGAAUCCUACGGAAAGGAUGGGCAGCUGCGUUCCUCCUGCGUGCAGCCAUUUGGCCGGUCGACCUGUCGAACUUUCGAAAACGAGACGAUUCCAUCAGCGACGGUGCUGCGACCGCUUACGACGCUCUGGUCGCGGCGCGAGCCACCAUAUCGAAGCUGCGCCUCGAUCGUAUCGAGACGUCCAUUCUGGAAACAUUGGUUCUCUGUAGACCUGAGAUCGCCGACACUACGAACGGCGUUCGAAUAACGUCUCGAGCAACGGACGCAGCAGUGGAGACUUUGGUUCGUCAUCUAGACGCUAGAGUCGAACGAUGCUCCCCGAGACUCGCAAGGAUCAUGCUAGUCCUUCCUAUCCUGACGGCUUGCUGUCCGAGGGAGCUGGCUGGCGACCUUUUCGCUCCCAUUAUCGGCGACGUCGAUCUGGAAAGAGUCAUAGCAUCCGUCCGUUGAUUUUAGUCUCGAAAGAGAUGAGUAGGGAGAUGUGGAAAUAUUUGGAAAGGAGGGGAUCAUAGGCAUAGUAAACUGAUAAUUACGUUAGGAUAAUUAGGUUGGGAUAAUUAGGUCACGAUCUGCGACGACAAACGCACCUUUAUAUUGUAUUUGCAUUUAUUCAAGCAAAAAGUAGAUCGUGAGCUCACAGGCCCCAUUGAUCGUGUACAAAAGUAAGAAUACAAAAGUAGGAAUACAAAAGUAGUGUUUAUAAAUGCUAAUAUGAAAGUCGUAACUUAGAGAUUGGAGGAAUAAGAAGU